AUGGAAUACGACCAUAACGACGUCGGGCCUGGCAAGGAAUUCGCGGCUGUGCUGAUUGUGUCCUGUUUGUUGCACUGGCGCAUCGCCGCCACCGGAGGGCAGCGCGGAGCCGAAGCGCAUGUGUUCUACGCUGUGGAAAUGGAGGGAGGCAGCCAAGCCGCAAGAGCACUGGCCGAGCAACACGGACUACAGUUCAUCUCACGGAUCGGAAACCUAAAGGAUCAUUUUACCUUACGGACCAGAGCCGGUACCGUGGCUAACCCAGCUCUGGAGAAAUCCCUGUCUGUUAGAACAGAGGUAAAGUGGGUCCAGAGACAGCAGGCCCUCCACAGAGACACGAGAGCUGUCAUUAGAAGACUGAACAACACUACCCAGUAUAAUUUUGAUGAGGUUCCUGACCAGCAGCAGGGUGAACAGGCUACUGAAGAAGCCAUACCUGACUCACUACACUUUAACGACCCUCUCUGGCCCAUGCAGUGGGAGCUGUUUAAUUAUGGUCGGUACAGCUCCCGUGGCGUGGACCUGAACGUCAUGCCCGUGUGGAGGAAGAAUAUCACUGGUAAUGGAGUGGUUGUUACCAUCAUAGAUGAUGGUUUGGAUCACACCAAUCCGGAUUUAAGGAAGAAUUAUGAAGCGUACGCCAGUUUCGAUCUGCGUGGUGCCCACGGCCUCUCCCAUGACCCCAUGCCACACAGAGAUGAAGAAAAUGGGCACGGGACUAAAUGUGCCGGCGAGGUUGCCAUGGAGGCAAACAACUCUUACUGUGGCGUGGGCAUCGCCUUCAACGCCAGAAUAGGAGGUAUUCGGCUGCUGGACGGCUUAGUGACGGACUCUAUGGAGGCCACUUCUCUGGCGUAUAACAGUGACUUCAUUGACAUCUACACCUGCUCCUGGGGACCCAAGGACGAUGGCGCUCAGAUGGCUGGACCUGGAGUACUCGCAGAGAAAGCUCUGCACUUUGGUGCACACAAGGGUCGUGGCGGGAAGGGGAAUGUGUUUGUGUGGGCCUCUGGGAACGGAGGAACCUUCAACGACCACUGCGGUGCCGACGGCUACGUCAACAGCAUCUACACCGUCGCUAUCAGUGCCAUCACUUCCACGGGUCAACCCGCCUAUUUUGGCGAACCCUGUCCAGCUGUCAUGGCCGUCACUCUGACCGGCACCAGUACCGCUAACACCCUUCCCCUGGUGACGGUAUCGAACCUGGAUGAAGGCUGUGUUACACACUUUGGUGGCACGUCUAGUGCAGCGCCCAUUGCUGCUGGAGUUCUCGCCCUUGUCUUGGAGGCCAACCCAGACCUGACUUGGAGGGACGUCCAACAUUUGAUCGUUAAUACAGCGAAGAUUCCCGACCCUGAUCAACCAGGCUGGAUUAUAAACAGAGCAGGUUACCACGUGCAUGACAGGUAUGGAUUUGGACUCAUGGAUGCGGGUCUGCUUGUUCAGCAGGCUCAGUCGUUCCAGUCUGUGGAUCAGCAGCGUAAAUGCACCCAGCGAACGACCCUAAACCCCAUUAGAGUUAUAGAACCAGGGGGAGAAGUGAGUGUGGACAUCCAAUCAAAAGGCUGCAUUGGAGAGAACAAUGAGGUCAACGUUCUGGAGCAUGUGCAGGUCACUGUCAGUAUCAGCAGUGUGUGUCGCGGUGACCUCUCCAUCGCGCUCCUCUCUCCGGCCGCCACUCGCUCUCUGCUCCUGGGGACACGUCAAAAUGACGCCUCAGCCUCCGGGAUGCUGAACUGGACCCUGAUGACAGUGCAGUUCUGGGGAGAGCACCCGCUCGGCACCUGGACCCUUAAGGUGACGGACAACAAAGGGAUGGUGACAGAGUGCGAACGAGGAGGAAGAGGAGAAGAGAAAGAGGCAGCAGUAGCAGUACUGGACAUUGUUCUUACACUGUACGGAACCUACAAAGCCCACAGAACUCCACAUGAAGGACCGCUGAAGUAUUUGGUCUCCAUGGGGACACUUCACCCAAUCCCAGAUGACAAGGUGAAUCCAGGGGGAAGUUCUCCCACACAAGAACUCCUCCGAUGGGCCUAUGAUCUGGAAAGCCGGAGGAAGGUCAGCGCUGACGACAUUCCGGCCCCGCGCCGACAGAAGGACUCCAAAUUGGUGAAUCACCCAACUCAAUCCUUUAAGUCACAGGAUAUGGAUGACACCAGUGGGAUCGAAUUCAGGUCUUACCUGAAAACGCUCUGGAACAUUAUCAGAGACAGAGUGAAAGCUAACUGGCUUCUGUAUAAGGCAAUGACUAACAGCCAGUCACCUGAGGCAAAGAAGCAUUCUUACAAGGUUCAGCAAGUUGAUGAGGCGUUGAAGAAUGUCUUAAAGGCAGCGCGAGGUGUGAACUUUGGGCCUUCACUCAUGCAUAAACUCCGUGGUCACGCAAGCCAAAACGCUCGGUCUUCCUCACAAAACAAGGCCCAUCUUCUUCAUCUGGUUGCUAUGGAUAUCAGGGAGAUGGGGCGCCUCAAAGACCUGAUUCAGAGGAACGGAGGGAAGUAG